AACUAGUUGGAACUGGAAGGUGGUAGAUCCAGAUCCACAUUACGGCAGUCUAGAAAUCGAGAAAAUACAAAGCUUGGGAGUGUUGGGCACCCAGAAAUCUAGGGCAAACCUCUGAGUGUUUUUGAAUUCAGGCCGUCUCACUCCGAAGAAUUGAAUCCCUUUCAGGUAUCCUGCCAUUCCGAGGAGCCGGUGAUUUAUGACGUGGAUGUUUUUUCGGAUAGGAAUCCUUCAGUUUUGAGUGGGUCAGUUGGUGACAAGUGAACGAUGCAGAGGUUCGUGAUCGAUUGAAGAGGCGAUCAGCGUUUUGGUUCUUCGUGCCUGUAUGGUUGUCGAUCACGCGCCUCUAUAGCGAUUGUAGAGACAUAGUUGUCAUUUGGAAGCUCUGAUUUUCCCGUUCUGAGUUGGCUUCUUUGAGAUCGUUUUGUUGUACGAGAGUUGGAUGGGGGGAAAUUAGUUUCCUGAAAGGAGCAAUUUUAUGCCCAACUUGUUACGUCUUCUAUUUUGGGUUUAUUCAUCUUGAAUUUGGUAGCAAGAUUGGUCGAGUUGACCAGAUGAGUCUUUAGUGCUGCUGAUUCUGUUACCAGACAGGUUUUGAUAUCUACAAGAGUCGAUGGUUGAUCAGAUAUGUGGGUUGUAGUCUUUAUUCGUGCCAGUUAAGAGAUCUCACAAAGGUGUUCAGAUGUUUGCGAUUCUUUUAAUCUGAAUUAUAUCAUUCGGUAUUGACAUCUUCUAAGUUGUAAUGGGGCGGCCUCUUGUGUUUGAGGUAUUGGAAAAGCCUGCAACCAGUUGCAUUAUAGGGCUAUGCAGCGCAAUUUGGUUCUAUAUACAGAAGAAGAAUGUUGGAUACUCUAAUGUUGGUCUGAGCUAUGAAGCAGCACUUGAUGGGCAUCACUGGAGGCUCAUAACUUCAGCCUUCUCCCAUAUUAGCGUGAUUCAUUUGGUGUUUAAUAUGAGCGCUCUUUGGAGCCUUGGAGUGAUUGAAAAAUUGGGUCACAUUGGCCUUGGGGUGGAGUUCUACUUGCAGUACACAUUGGUUUUGGUUGUGUUGUCAGGGGUGCUGGUUCUGUUGUUAUAUCAUGUCCUGAUUCAAAAGUUCAAGCUUGAAUAUUUCAGGCGAGUGACUGCAGUUGGGUAUUCAUGUGUGGUCUUCGGUUGGAUGACUAUACUUGCAGUGAAGCAGCCGUCUUCGAAGUUGAAUCUUUUUGGAUUCCUCUCUCUUCCGAUCAGCUUUGCUCCUUUUGAAUCUCUCAUCUUCACAUCAAUCAUUGUUCCGCAAGCGAGUUUUAUUGGUCAUUUGUCUGGGAUUAUUGUUGGUUAUUCAAUUGCAUGGGGUCUAAUACAUGGGAUGAAUAAUUAUUGGGCGGUUUCCAUACUUGGGUGGAUUAUCUUAGUGUUUGUAUUCAGUUUGAAGCAGACCGGUACCAUCGACAUUUCCUUUAUCGAGAUAGAACAUGUAUCAGACUCCACGUUGCCUACCAUUGGGUUUCCUGCAGCAGGAAAUGGCAGAACAUUGCAGAUGAAUGCACUACCUUUUGGAGCUUCUGAACUUGUCUAGCAUUUAACUUGAAAUUGCAUAAAUGAUUGGUUAAAGAAUGCUCAACUGGAGUAUUUGCUGUGAGAAAAGGUAAUCGUCCAGAUAUGUGCUCGGCCCUGUUUAACGCAUAAUGUCACAAAGAUGGCUUCAGCUUUCGAGUUACAUUGUAGUACAUCAACUCUUAAAGCUAGUGAAAAGUCAGUUUGAUGACCAGUUUCUUUGAUCAUAUGACUAAAUAAAAUUUCACGAUGUUCCUUGAUAUUGUAAAGAACACAUUUUAUUUAUUCUACCUUCUUUUCCUCAUUA